ACAAUUCCCAGUCCGUUCCUCUUUUAUUAAUAGUUGUGGUCUUGCUUACACUGCCUUUUCAAACCAAGAACUUGCUCACAACUCUCCCGUUCCUUCCUUCAGCUCUGUAAAACAGUGAGGGACUUCAAAAGAUACGGCUCUAAACAUUUCAGCAAUGCAGCAGCAGCUCGAUAGCUCAGAUUCCUUGGGUGCUUUAAUCUCAUUCUGUCAACCUAAAGUUUAUGCAGAAAAGAAAGAAGAGCAGAACACACAUGGUUACGGUGCAGAAUUCCAGGCAAUGCUGGAUAGGAUAAACCAAGAAGAUUUGGGGUACGAAACCGGCCUGAUCUUGGAGAAGAGACAGCGGCUGAGCUUGGAACAGGUGAAGGAACUGGAGAGAAACUUUGAGGUGGAAAACAGGCUAGAGCCAGAGCGAAAGGUGAAAUUAGCAGAAGAUUUAGGGUUGCAACCACGGCAAGUAGCAAUAUGGUUCCAAAACCGCAGAACCCGUUGGAAGACUAAGCAAUUGCAGAGAGACUAUGGCGUCCUUAAAGCCAGUUAUGAUGCUCUAAAGCUAGACUGCGACAAUCUUCAACAAGAAAAAGAAGCUCUAAACUCAACGCUGAGAGAGUUGAAAGAGAAGAUCUACAGAAAAAGUGCAGAGAGCAAUCACUCAGCAGAAGAAGAGUCCCUAAUCUCAGAGUUCAACAACAACGUUUCAGAACAAUAUAAAGCCAGUGAUUUACAUGAGAAUAAGAAGAACAAGGCAAGCUUCGGAGUGCAUGAGAAUUCCAAAGAUGGGUCAUCGGGUAGAGUUUCUAAUGGAGUCGUGAAGGAAGAAAACGAAAGCAACACGAUGUUUUCAAUCUGUUUCAAUGGCGCCUCGUCUUCAUCCUCAAACGCAAUGGUGGAUCCGUUUUGGUUCUCUGAAUCCAGAGCAGUUGCAGAUAAAACAUACCAACCUCAACCUGUGAGGAUGGAAGAGCAGAGCUUAUUCCCUAUAGAGGAGUCUUGUAAUUUCCUUUCAGUUGAUCAAGCUCCUACUCUCCGUUGGUACUUCCCCGAGCAGUAAAACCAGUCCAGACUCAAACUUCGAAGUUGCUAAAUUCCACAUUUGCAUGCAGGAUGCGUUUGUUUAUUUAAUAUAUUUCUACAGAUAUAACACAAAUCCCUAUUUCAUAUA